UAUUCAUUGAUAGACAGAGAAAGCAUUAUCUUUAUGCGAUAUGUCAAACCAAAGUAUUCGAUAAAUAAUCAAUCUUAAAUCUUUAAUAUUAUAUUUUUACUAAGAUUACUAAUAUGCUAAUCUCGCUAAUUGAUCUAUGCAUUGAGUACUUUUUUUUAAUUUAUUGUUUUGAUAAUAAUAAGUUAAUAACAAUUAUUGUAUAACUUCUUUUUUUUGGUUACCAUACAUCAGCUUCACAAUCAUCCACUUUUUCAUGCAUUUUGUUUCCAAGAAUCUCAAAUUUUGGUGAGAAAACUCACUCACUCUCUCCUUUUCCACUCACAGAUCCAAAGGGUCACUCCAAAAUCGACAGUCAUAUCUUCUCUUUGCGCGAACAUCGCAAGCAUUAGAUCCUUUCCCGGCUUCAUCGUUUUCGCGUUUCUCUCUCUCUCUCUCUCUCUUGAUUAUUCUUAUUAUUAUAAAUAAUUUCUUUUUCUUUUUUUUUCUUUUUGUAUUUUUUUUUUUUUUUUUGUAUUGGGAGUAGAAAGCCUAAAUUUCUUCGUGAUUCAAUACGGCAUCGGGUUGAUGGAUCUGAAGUGAAAUAUCCAAAAAAAGAAAUUUUUAAUUUUUAAUUUUUUAAAACCAAUUUUGUAUUUGGUUGAGUGGUUUGUAAUUUGGUAAGGGACAAGGGGUUGAUUUUUGGGUGUAUGUAUGUUUGAUUGGGUUUGUGAUGAUGGAUCAUGUAAUUGGUGGAAAGUUCAAGCUUGGGAGGAAGAUUGGGAGUGGAUCUUUUGGCGAGCUUUAUUUGGGUGUUAAUUUGCAAAGUGGAGAGGAAGUGGCUGUUAAGCUUGAAUCUGUGAAGACCAAGCAUCCUCAACUUCUCUAUGAAUCCAAAUUGUAUAUGCUUCUUCAAGGAGGAACUGGAAUACCCCAUUUAAAAUGGUCUGGAGUUGAAGGUGACUACAAUGCCAUGGUUAUUGAUCUUCUUGGACCAAGUCUUGAAGAUUUAUUUAAUUUUUGCAAUAGAAAAUUCUCUCUGAAGACAGUUUUGAUGCUUGCAGAUCAGCUAAUAAACAGAGUUGAGUAUAUGCACUCCCGAGGUUUUCUGCAUCGUGAUAUAAAGCCUGACAAUUUUUUAAUGGGUUUAGGUCGCAAGGCAAACCAGGUAUACAUCAUUGAUUAUGGCCUUGCAAAAAAGUAUCGUGAUCUUCAAACACAUAAGCAUAUACCGUACAGGGAAAACAAGAAUCUCACAGGAACUGCACGAUAUGCUAGUGUUAACACUCACCUUGGAGUUGAACAAAGCAGAAGAGAUGAUCUAGAAUCACUUGGUUAUGUGCUAAUGUACUUUUUGCGAGGAAGCCUCCCUUGGCAAGGCUUGAGAGCUGGUACUAAAAAGCAGAAAUAUGAGAAGAUAAGUGAAAAGAAAAUGCUAACUCCAAUAGAGGUUUUAUGCAAGUCAUAUCCAUCAGAGUUCACAUCUUACUUCCACUAUUGCCGAUCAUUACGGUUUGAGGAUAAACCUGAUUAUUCAUAUCUUAAGAGACUCUUUCGGGACCUAUUCAUUCGAGAAGGUUGUCAGUAUGACUAUGUAUUUGAUUGGACUGCAUUGAAAUACUCAUUAAUUGGAUCCAAUUCUAGGGCUCGACCAAGUGAUAAACCAGCCUUAAACCCAAGACCAUCAGGAGAGAGAUUACAACGGCCUUCAGUUGGACAAGAGAUUCGAGAGAGAUUAUCAGGUGCAGUGGAGGCAUUUCAAAGAAAGAAUGGCUCUGGGCAUGGUCUGCAUAAUGAUCAUUCCAGGCAUAGAUCUUCAGAUGAUGUGCCAUCUUCCAAAGAUGUGCAACCUGAUUCUGAUAGGGCUCGCAGUUCUUCCCGCAAUGGCAGUGCCUCAAAAAGGCCUGUCACAUCAAGCAGCAGACCAAGCGCAUCUGGUGAACCCAGUGAAAGCCGUUCCAGUAGAUUGGUCUCAAGCAGUGGUCGUCUAUCUACCACUCAGAGGAUUCAACCAGGUUUUGAGUCCAAAUCUCCAUUUACCCGUGCUGCAGGGACAAGAGGAGGUCGUGAUGAUGCACUCAGGAGUUUUGAGCUCCUGUCAAUUGGUACAGGAAAAAGGAAAUGAGGAUACUUGUGAUCAGAAUACUUUGUAAGGGCUGCAUUCCCUUUUACUUUCUUGAGACACCGACUCUUAUUCAUUUACUCUUGUAAAUUUCCAUCCUAUGUUGUGUCCAUUCAAGGCUAAAAGCUAAUUGAAGCUUCUUAAUGAAGCUUUGGCAGACUCCUCUUAUACCCCUUCAGAUGUUCUUCCAUGAUUAUUUCGGCAUGGAUCCACUCAUGAAGAGUCUCUAUCUUUAGGAAGAGACGGCUACCUGUAAUACAUACAUUAUCUGUAUUUUUCUGUUGGAGUAAUGGAAAAAGAAACUGCAAACUCUAACAUGCUUGCAUAAUUGAGACUUGUCUUUAGUUUUGCUCCCUUUCUAUGCAUUUGGGACUUGCCUAUUUUGCCUCUACGUACUUUGAGGCAAUGAAGCUGUUCUCAGUAAUAGUGGGUAACUCCUACUAUGGAUUAAGAGCAAAACAAGAGACUGCUGUGCAACACUGCAAGUGGAAAUUAUGAAACUUUGGUUCAAUAUAUUAUUGAGAUGACCUUUUAUUUUAUUUGCAAUAUAUGGUAAAAAAUUGAUAUUUG